CUCCUGGGAACGCCGCCCCAGGGGGGGGCGACGCCCGCCAGGGCAGCCCUGCAGCAGCUCUUCCAGAAGGCCAGCGCGUCUCCCCCCAAAGAAGUGUCCCCGUCUGCGUUCAUGAACCUCGCGCAGGGAGGGGGGGAAGGGCUCCAGGGAACCGAAGCGCCCCCGUUCCAAAUGAAUGUCCCCGAGCAAGCAUCGCCGGCGCACUUUGGGGCACAGCGGAGGCUUUCGUUGGACCAGUACUAUCCGGGGGCAAUCCCAGAGAGGCCCAGCGCGGCUGACAUCACGGCGAGGUUCAUAUUGGCGCAGCAGGACCGGAUGGAUCAGCGGAAACAGCUGAGGGAGCAGGCGCGCCAGAGAGAAGCACAGCAGUUUGGUGGCAUCGGGAGCCCUCAGGCGAGCUACCCGACCGCAGCGUCCAUGGCCACAGCGCAAAAGGCGGCCAAGCUGUGGCAGAGCGGUCCGCUGCAGGAAGCUCUAAACGAGUUCGUUGGAGAGCCCCCUCAGUCGAUGCACUCGGGGAUGCUUCCACAGGACAACCCGGCAGGGGCACGCGCGCGCGCUCGCGGCCUGGCGUAUCCCUCUGGUCAGAGCUUCACUGUAAAAGCGGGGCCGAGUGGCGCCGCUGGGCAAGGGGGGCAACGGCCCGGGGAUGCGCAGUCCGAGACGAGUGGCAAGCGUGGAGUUCCGGGCGGUUCCGGCGACGAGGCAAGCGCAGAGAGCGCUCCUCAGAGGAAGAAAGCAAGGAAGCCCACGCCGGCGGCUUCAAACCCGCUCGAGCUGCGCAUUCCUCCUGCGCCCGUCUUCACCGCUGGCGGCCCCCCGGCGCCCAUCGACCCCCCUACGCAGUACUUGCGCCGCCCGGGCCUCGAGCCCUCCGUUCGGCCGUCCAAAAUCGCCCCCGGCCUGCCCUUCAUCUACCAGCCCCCUACGGCGUCGCUUGACUUUCAGCAGGAAAAGAAGGAGGAGGUUCUACCCGAGACCCACAUUAAGACGACCCGAGCCAGGAGGGGCCAGGCGACGGACCCCCACAGCAUCGCCGAGCGACUGCGGCGCGAGAAGAUCUCGGAGCGGAUGCGGCAGCUGCAGGCGCUGAUCCCGCACCACAAGUCGAACGACAAGGCGACCAUGCUGGGCGAGAUCAUCGAGUACAUCAAAUUCAUGCAGCUGCAAGUGCAUGUUUUAGGCCUGGGCAAAGACACGGCGGCCCCCUUGGCGACCCGUAUGGUUUUGGGACUGGGCAAAGACGCGGCGGCCCCUUUGGCGACCGCUCUCCCUGCCGGCCUGCCCGAGGUCGCCAAAGGCCCCGCUGAGGGGCCGCUCCCAGUCCAAGACGCGUCCGUGGCCCAGGACUUGCUGAACCACCUCGAAACAGGGCCCGAGAGGGCCGUGCAGUAUCUGCUCGAGCGGGGGCUUUGCCUGAUGCCGGCGCCGCUGGCUGCGCAAGUGCUGCGGUCUGGGCCGGCCUCCGACCAGCAGACCGCGCCGCCCGCUGGCCAAGCCACCAGCGGCACCGUCGUACAGGACCAGAGCGCCUCGGUGGCGUCAUCCGCGCCCAGCAACGUCCAUGUGCCGUCAGCAACCCAGCCUGCGCCCACCGAGCAUGACGUCACCCCGACGACCGCCGUUCUGUCCGGGUGGGCGGAGGAAGAAGGUACGGACCGCCCCGCGGGGACACGGCGGACCUCCGGGGGGCUCGCAGUACCAACGGGCGUGCAGCCGUCGAGUCGAAGUGGGACGCAGCCGGGGCAGGGGAGAUAAGCAGGGGAGUUUUGCAGUGGAGUCGAAGCGACAAGUGCUUCGGAUUGAUGGGCUACUAAUGGGCAGCACUUCUUGAGGGCAGUGAUCCGUCUGCUGGGAAAGGUGGAAUGUGAAGCCUCGAGGCGAGUGGGCAGGAUAAUGGUUCGAAGUAAUUGCUUACAUGUCGACUGAAAAGCUUGGUAGAACUAACGGGAGCUGCGGAAAGGUCUACAAGACAGCCCAGGUUUGAAGGUAGACUGCAGAAGAGUUUGGAUUUCGUUGGGUGGUGUAAGGGAUUCAUGCCGCAAACUGGUUGUGUCAUUGUGUCAAAAGUCCGUAUGAAACAAUACAUACGCUAGAUAGGUGGGUGCAAUGUGACUGACCACGAGUUUUGGAGUUCGUUCGUCAUCUCGACGGGCAAUCCUUAGAUGAGUCUGCAGUCGCAAAGGACAGCUGCGCAGAUUGCACACUGCAACUAAGACAGCCAACCAUCAACGAGUCUUCAUUUUGUAAAGUCACUGCAAUCCGAGGAUCGGUGCAACAAGAAGAAAAAGUUCCGCAGACUUUAAGUUCAUGGAGUCAAGGGUCGUUAGCGUCAAUAGACCGCUUUCACUGAAGAAGAGCUACUUGCA